GAUGUUUACGCGUGGCGUUUUUUCGUUACGACUUGUAGCUGAAUUUUUCCCCCAGAUACAUUGUAUUAAUCUGCCCAGCUUUUAAAUGGUGACUGUUUACCGAGGUACUGUUUUACAUACGAAAUCCUUUGAUGAGUUUGAAGUGUUUGACCACGGCUUCAUUGCAGUUGAUAAUAAUGGCAAAAUAAUUGGACUAGGAAAAAACUAUGCAAGUUGGUUGAAGCAAUACCACAUUCCGGCCGAGGAUUUAAGCGAGGUUCGUCUGAAUGACUACCAGUUUAUAAUGCCUGGUUUGGUGGACUGCCACAUACAUGCUCCGCAAUAUGCUCAGCUUGGCCUUGGCUUGGACAUGCCCCUGCUGGAUUGGCUGAAUACCUACACGUUUCCCUUGGAAGCAAAAUUCUCGAACCGAAACUACGCAGAACAUGUUUAUAGGGGUGUUGUAGAAUCAACGAUACGAUGCGGAACGACUUUGGCCUCAUAUUUCGCUACAAAUCAUUUAGAUAGCACAUUGAUAUUGGCUGAGGAAGCCCUACGUCAAGGUCAACGCGCCUUGAUUGGCAAAGUUUGUUCAAAUUGCAACAGUCCCGACUACUAUGUUGAGAAAACAAGCGAUUCUAUAUCAUCCACGGAACUCUUCGUUAAGGCAGUACGCGAAUUAAAGAGUCCUUUGAUAUUACCGACGAUAACCCCACGAUUUGCACUCAGUUGCACCAAAGAUCUGCUAACCAGGCUGGGUAGCAUGGCAAAACGUCUAGACGUACAUAUUCAAUCCCACAUUAGUGAGAAUUUGGCCGAAAUUGAUGCGGUUAAGGGCAUUUUCAAAACCGGGUAUGCUGCAGUCUAUGACAAUGCGUCACUGCUGACGAAGAAGACGGUCUUGGCGCAUGGUGUGCAUCUGGAGGAUGCUGAGAUUGCCUUAAUCAAGGAGCGUGGUACUGCGAUUGCACACUGUCCGGCAUCUAACACUAUGCUCAGUUCCGGAAUCUGCGACGUCCAACGAUUAAUCAAUGCAGGCGUGACUGUUGGUCUGGGAACCGAUUGCGCCGGUGGCAAUUCGGUUUCCAUUCAGAACGCAAUGCUCCGCACACUAGAGGUAUCCAAGCACCUGGAAUUCUUCAACAAGCAGCACAUAAGCGGCAGUGCUAUUAUAUCUCAACCAAAUCCCUUAUACAAGCCGUUAAAAUACACAGAGGCACUGUAUUUGGCAACUCUUGGUGGCGCCAAGGCGCUCGCCUUGGACCACGUGACGGGAAAUUUCGUUGAAGGAAAAGAAUUUGAUGCACUCCUAAUAGAUGUGUCAAUUGGGGAGAAGCCAAAUCGAACCUAUAACGCCACUGAACUGCUAGAGAAGUUUAUUUUCAGCGGAGAUGAUAGAAAUGUUAGGGUGGUUUUCGUUGCUGGAAAAAUUAUAAAAGGUUAUCAAAAGUGAAAUGAAUUUGACAUACAAAUGUACGAAACUGUUUACUAACAAAACCCGAACAGUGUUAAAUAUAUCGAUAUCUUUAUACUUUGCA